AUUGGUCAGGAGCUGGGGCUGCGUUGCUGUGAUUGGUCACAUUGUUGGGGGCGGGGAGCGCCUUCCUGGCAGCCUCUGCCUUAAAGUCGGAAAUGAGGGCUCAAAACAUCUUCGAGGGGCAAUUUAUGUUCGGGAAACCACGCACACUGACUCACACAAACAUCCAGUUAUUGUGUCCCUCCUCUUGCAGCGCAGAGUGUGGGUGGAGUAAUACUGGUAUGGGAAGACUUGAUCCCCACAUGCCUCACAGUCCCCUCCACACUUGUUUUUAGCCAUGGCGGCGCAGAGGCUCUUCUGUUUCCCAAUCAUGCCUGUGAUCUGGAGAGUCCUGCUGCUGUGGAUUUGUGUCCGCAUCUGUCCUCCAACUCAGGUCCAGGGAGCUCUCGUCGUGUCUCGCGGAGAUGCAGUGAUGCAGGACACUGAAGAAGCUGUGGGCCCGCGGUCUAUAAAGAAAAGAAGCAUAAAUUCUGCAAAUAUGGUGGAGGUCCACAGUGUGAAAAUUGACUGCACUGUGAUGUCUCGUUUCGCGCACACCGUCAUGACCUCCAAGGCUCUGAAUAAAGCAAACUUCUCGCAGGAAAUCUUCUUUGAAGUGGAGCUGCCCAAGACCGCCUUCAUCACUAACUUCAGCAUGGAAAUUGAUGGUCAGAUGUAUGUUGGGGAGGUGAAGGAGAAGGAAAAAGCCAAGAAACAGUAUGAGAAGGCUGUUUCCUCAGGACAGACUGCUGGACUGGUCAAAGCUUCUGGAAGGAAGAUGGAGAAGUUUUCUGUGUCUGUCAACAUUGCAGCCAACAGCAGUGUGACUUUUAUUUUGACCUACGAGGAGCUCCUUCAGAGGAAACUGGGCCAGUACGAGAUUCUAACCCGAGUUACACCCCAACAACCAGUGCAGGAGUUUCAGAUUGUGGCACUUAUCUAUGAGCCUCAGGGCAUUGCAUUUGUUGAUGCCACUGCAACUUUCCUCUCCAAUGAGCUGCUUCCCCUGGUGGAGAAAACUGUCACAGACACAAAGGCACAGAUCUCCUUCUCACCAACACUGGAGCAACAGAGAAAAUGUCCAGGAUGUGAAAGCACUAUAAUUGAUGGUGAUUUCAUCAUCAAGUACGAUGUGAAACGAGAACAGAGCAUCGGGGAAGUUCAGAUUGUAAAGGGAUACUUUGUGCACUUUUUUGCUCCACCUGACCUGGCCAGAGUCCCAAAGAAUGUUGUGUUUGUGAUUGACACAAGUGGAUCAAUGAGUGGAAGAAAGAUUGCACAGACCCGAGAUGCUCUGGCCGCCAUUCUGAAAGACCUCCAUGAAGAGGACCACUUUGCUCUCAUUCAGUUUGAUCAUAGGAUUCAAACCUGGAAGGACUCUCUUACCAAAGCGACAAAGGGAAAUGUGAAUAAAGCCAUCACCUUCGUCAGGAAACUAAAAGAUGAUGGAUCCACCAAUAUCAAUGAUGCUGUACUGAUGGCUGUGAAAAUGCUGAUGAGUGAAAGAGAAAAGAAGAACCUUCCAGAGAGGAGUGCAGACAUUAUUAUUUUACUGACUGAUGGGAUGCCAAACAGUGGGGAGUCCAACCUCCUACAGAUUCAGCAGAAUGUACGCACUGCUGUCGGGGGGAGGAUGACUGUGUUCUGUCUUGGAUUCGGAAAUGAUGUGGAUUAUGCUUUCCUGGAUGUGAUGGCCAGACAAAACAAAGGGCUUGCCCGCAGAAUUUUUGAGGGUUCAGAUGCAGCUGUUCAACUCAAGGGUUUCUAUGAAGAGGUGUCCAGCCCUCUGCUCCUGGAAGUGGACUUGCGUUAUCCUGUCAAUGCAGUGGGUUUCUUGACCAAAAACCACUACAGCCAGUUGUUUAAUGGCUCAGAGAUUGUGGUGGCCGGUCAGCUGACGGACAAUGACCUGGACAACUUCAUGGUGGAGGUGUUUGGCCAGGGGCCUGAGGAGGACUUCCAGGUGCGGGGAAGGGCUAGCGAGGCAAAGUUGGAUGCAAUGUACCCAGGACAGGAGUACAUUUUUGGGGAUUUCACAGAGCGUCUGUGGGCCUACCUCACCAUCCAACAGCUACUGGAGACCAGCAACAUUGGUACUCAGCAGGAGAAAGAAGAAGCCACAGCCAAGGCCCUGGAAUUGUCCCUGCGAUACAGCUUCGUCACCCCUGUCACCUCUAUGGUUGUCACCAAGCCCGACACUGAAGACGGACCAGACAGCCCUCUCAUCGCUGAUAAACUGACUGAGGACCAGCGUCAGAAAGCAGAGAGACACAGGGGUUCCUCUGCCUCUGGUAGGACGUUUCAUGGCGGCAGUUCUCAUGGUAGUCGUCUACAUAAUUCUCCCGUCAGAAAUGAUUACUAUGACAGCAGUUCCCAUGGCAGCAGUCUCCAUGAUAGCGGUUCUCGUACCCAAUCAGAUGUGGACGGAGAUCCUCAUUUCAUGAUAGAGCUGCCUGACAGAGAUGACGCUCUGUGCUUCAACAUCAACGACAAACCAGGAACCAUUUUCAGCCUGGUCAGAGACCCAAAAUCAGGCUUUGUGGUAAAUGGACAAAUUAUUGGCAAGAAGAAAGUUGUGGAGGAUGGAAAGAUCAACACCUACUUUGGCCGUUUUGGCAUCAUCCACCAGAAGCUGGGGGUGAGGCUGGAGGUGAGCACCUGGGACAUCUCAGUCUUUCUCAAUGACAAGCAGCUCAAGCUGCUGUGGUCUGAUGCAGCCUCGAUCAAAGACGCUGAUAUGGAGUUGAGGUUGACUAAGAACUGCAGUCUGACAGUGACGCUGAAGCACACUGUUAAAUUUGAGGUCAUUAAACACACAAAGGUUUGGAAGAGACGCCAUGACCAACAAGAUUACCUGGGUUUCUACACCCUGGACAGCCACCACUUGUCGACUUCGGUUCAUGGUCUGCUAGGUCAGUUCUACCAUGGGGUUGGGUUUGAGGUGACAGACCUGCGUCCAGGUGCGGUCCAGGAGAAAUUAGAUGCCACUAUGUAUGUGAAGGGACAAAUACUCAACGUGACCAGACACUGGCAGAAAGACUUCAGCAGGGAUGUAAAGACUGGGGAAAAUAUUCCCUGCUGGUUUGUCGACAAUGAUGGAACCGGCCUCAUUGAUGGAAGAGCCUCAGACUACAUUGUAUCUGGGCUUUUUAAGACUACUUUUUGAAUCUUAAAAAUUCAAAGACUCAGUAGCGAGGCACUGGGGCCACAUUAUUAUGGUGAGAGAUAGCAGAUUAUAGUGAGUCACAGUGUGUCUUCAUUCAAACAUUAAGCACAUGCUGAAACAAGUAUUUUAAAAACAGGAUAAUUACAUUUUUAAUAUUAUCAGUUUGUGAUGUCAGUGCUCAGAACAGGACUUACCACAUAUGGCAAUGUCACUGACAAUGUCUGUGGUUUGUGAAAGUUAGAAUAGAGGGUAAAAUGUUAUUUUAAUAGUCGUGGUAGAUUCAUGGAAUUAUAUAAGUCUGCAUACUUCACAUAUCAAAUUAAGUUCCAUACAUUUCUUUUCAAUCAAAUUUAUAUUUUGCUGUAAUAUUGUUUGCCGCCUGUUGGUGCAGGAAUUACACUGGAUGUACCUCAUAGGAAAUCUUUAACCCCAAAUGUUCACUUGUUUAUCAAUUACUCACCCCUUGUUACAUUGAAUGCAUAAAGAAAACUUGCCCACUGAACAAAGAAUCCAAAAAAGUGAGAAAAUGAAUGAUGAUUUGAAGCCAACAAUAGCAAAACAGUAAUUUUAAGUAAUUUUAAGCAGUAAUUUUACUUUGCUUAACACAGGAGCUGCUUGUCUACCUCUGCUUCAGUCCGUAGUUUGUGUUAUUGUGGUUUUGGUGAAUUUUCACUAAACCUUUAAAACAAACUAACUGAUCACAGCAGGGGAAGACCAGAGUUUGUGUUUUCAUUUCAUUCCAUGUUUUCAGUGAGGUCAAAUCGCUGUUUUUGUGAAUGGAGUUUGGCACUGAAGACAGUAUAGAUGAGUUUCAUUUUCUCUUCAGUUUUAAAUCAUAAGGUUUUAGCGAAAAUGAAUAUGUAUGGGAAAUAGUGAGCGUACGACUGGAUAAAUUAGACUUUAUUUCUUUUUUAUUGUUUCUUUCUUUUUUGUUGUUUUCUUUCUUUUUUGUGGUUAGAAAUAAAUUCACAAACAAACAAACUUGGAUUAUCCUGCAGAACGUGUGUUAGUUUUUUGAUACAUUUUUGGUAUAAUUUGCUUUUGGAAUGUAAUUCAUGUAAUCUUUAAUGACUUCAAUUCAUCAAGAUUUUUUUUUGAUUCUUCGUUCCCUGGAGGCUUGCGAGAAAAACAAAUUUUUCUUUGCGAAUUCAACCUGGUGACGAUUUGAUGUACAAAUGGUCAUUUGAGGGUGAAGUAUUCCUAUAGUGCCUGCCCAUCUGGGUGUUAAAGUUUUCACUUCAAAGUAAUAUGGUUAUGACCCCAGCCACAUCUGUACCAAUUGUAUUUAUCUCACACUGUUGUUUAUGAUUUGCAACUUUAUUCACAAAAAUAUUGCCCCUCACCUUUGUGAGAAGAGGUAAAAAAAAUAACUAGUUUGCAUAUACGGACUAUGUGAUGGUGGUGCUUAGUAUUAUUAUUGCUGUAUUGAGGUUUUUAGCCAACACAACAAUUUCAAAUAAAACCACCUUUUUAUUAAAAAAGUAAUAAAACAUAUACUUGAAAUCAAAA